UCAAACGUCAAUCAAAAUUUUUCAGUGAGAAGUGGAAUUGUGUGGCUAAGAACAGUUAUACCAAACUCUUUUCUUAAAGUAUCAGAUGGUGUGGUCGUAAAUCAACAUUUUCAGCGGUAUUUCGACGUAUCAAAUUGGAUACAAAUGUGUUUAAAAUGUUGGAAUGCCUUUUCGGAGAUUAAAAAAUAUCGACCGUAGGAGAUUUGAUCAUUUGCAAUCCGAAGAGCUGGAAGAUAUUUUAGAGUCUUUAGCAUCCUUCACGACUGCCUCCGAACAGCCAUCAGCAAUGCAUUCAAGACAAUCGUCGACUUCAGGGGUACUCAUGGUGGGUCCCAACUUUAGGGUUGGAAAAAAAAUCGGCAGUGGGAAUUUUGGGGAAUUGAGAUUGGGGAAAAAUUUGUACAAUAACGAACACGUGGCUAUUAAAUUGGAGCCGAUGAAGUCCAAGGUGCCUCAGUUACAUUUAGAAUAUAGAUUUUACAAGAUUUUGGGCAACCACGAAGGUAUUCCCAAGGUUUUUCAUCUUGGAACCUGCGGCGGAAGAUACAACGCGUUAGUCCUCGAACUCCUCGGUCCCAGUCUAGAGGAUCUCUUCUCGCUGUGCAACCGAAGAUUCAGGCUGAAGACUGUGCUCAUGAUCGCCGAUCAGCUGCUGACCAGGAUAGAAUACGUUCACAGUAAGAGGCUGAUAUUUCGCGACGUCAAACCGGAAAAUUUUCUGAUUGGUAGGUCGAGGACUAAGAAGGACAAGGUUAUCCACAUCAUCGAUUUUGGACUGGCCAAGGAGUACAUCGAUCCUGAUACCAACAAACAUAUGCCGUAUAGAGAACACAGAUCGUUGACUGGAACAGCCCGUUAUAUGAGCAUCAACAGUCAUUUGGGCAGGGAACAAUCCAGGAGGGACGACCUAGAGUCCCUUGGACACAUGUUCCUCUAUUUCCUCAGAGGCUCCCUACCGUGGCAAGGUUUGAAAUGCGACAAUCUGAAGGAGAGAUACCAGAAAAUUGGCGAGACGAAGAAGAACACCCCCAUCGAGGUACUUUGCGAGGGUCACCCCGAGGAAAUCGCCAACUACAUGAGGUACGCCAGGAGGUUGGACUUUUUUGAGACACCCGAUUACGAAUAUCUGCGCAAGAUGUUCAAGGAUCUUUUCGAGAAGAGGGGCUACACUGACGAUGGCAUAUUCGACUGGACUGAUAAAUUGACUUGGUUGAACAAAGAAGAUGCUAGUCAAACGAAAGAGAAAAAGCUGUCUGUGAAUUGAAAGGACAGAAGAGAUAUGGAGUUUCGUGAAUUAUUGAAAAACAAAGGAAGAUCUCCUAACUUGAAUCGUAAGAUUGUAGGUCCAAAUUGUCAUGAAUUCGAAAAAUAAACUUUGAGUUUUCAA